AUGUCGCUCGAGCGCCCCACGCUCUCGUCCCACGCCGGCGGCAGCAGCGGCAGCGCCGCCAGCGGCAGUGCCAACGAGCCGCAGCACCGCGGCACGCUCGUGUGUGUCGUGCUCAAGGCGAAGAACCUGCCGAACAAGCGCACCAUCGGCAAGCAGGACCCCUACGCCGUGCUCUCGCUCAACGGCGAGACGCAGAAGACAGACCCCGACAAGCGCGGCGGACAGCAUCCGCAGUGGGACGCGCAGUUGCACUUUGAGAUCUACGAGGAUACGGAGGACAUGCUGCGCCGCGUCGAGGCGGCCGGUGGGGGCACGGUGAAGCCGCAGAGGAAUGGGACGAAGGGCAAGGGCAAGAUCAUGAACGUCAAGUGCUACGCGGACGACAAGACGGAUCCGGAGCUCAUUGGAGAGGGCAUCGUAGACCUCACCGAGACGCUCAAGACGGGCGAGUUUGACGACUGGGUCACGAUCAAGGCGCGCGACCGCUAUGCAGGCGAGGUGUACCUCGAGCUCACCUUCUACUCUUCUGCGGCACCGCCAAAGAAGAAGAAGGCCGCCGCACGGCCCGCAAUGUCGGGCGGCGACACGUACGGCGGCGCCGGCACAUUCAUCUCUGACCUCGGCGAGGAGUUUGGCCCCGACAGCGACGUGCCGCGGCCUCCUGCUAAGACUGGCCCUUCGCACGCUGGCAUUCCCAGCUCCAUGCGGCCAGGCAACGGGGGCACUGGGCAUGGCGGUGGCAUGUCCUACUCACGGAGCCAUGCCGGCGCCCUCUCGGCAUCGACAGACGACGGAGCGUCCAUCAUGCGGCCGAGCUCCAGCUUGGCGCAGAUCGACGCCUAUCAGCCGCCGUAUGCCCCAGCACGCGCACACUCGCCAGCACCACCGCCGCCGCCGCCGCGAGAGUCGUCGUACGAUGAGAGCGCCCAUCUGCGGCGCAAUAGCUACACGCCGCAUCCGCCGCCGCCUGCGGGCUUCCCGGCCUCGGGCGCGGACCCGGUGGACGACCUGCUGCGUCCGCUCAGCUCGAUGAACUUUGCGCAGCCUUCUGCGCCGUCUCCCGCGUCGCAGCACUAUGCGCCCACGACCGCGCCGUCGGCUUACUAUGCGCAGCCGCCGAGCGCAUACUACCCGGCCUCGCCGGCGCCCGUUGCGCCGACGCCGCCGCCUCACCCUGCGUCUGCUCCGCCAGGCCCCGGCGGCUAUCACGACACGCCAGCGCAUCAGGCAUAUGGACACGCGCCGCCGCCUUGGCAGCAGCAGCCGCAGCAUCAGCAGCCUCCGCCCCCACCUCCGUCGCAGCAGCCGCAACAGCACGAGCUGCGCGCGCCAAGCCCGGCACCGCAGCCGCAGCGCCCGCACUCGGCACAGGGCGGCGGCUACCAUGCGCUGCCAAGCAUCCCAAGCCAGACGCAGAUGCAGCACGGACACUCGAUGCAGGGCAGCUACUCGACGAGCACUGUCAAUGCGCAAUCACUGUACCAGUCCUCACACCUGGGCCAGCCGCCUGCUCCGCCGCCGCCGCGCGCCUCGUCUCCGGCGCCUUCGAUGGCGCACUCGACCACGGGCUCCAUCUAUGCGCCGCCGCCUGCACCGCAGUCCUUCUUCUCGCACAGCGGCGCUGCAGGCCGCGCUGGCUCGCCGCCAAACGGCAGUGCGCGGCCGCUGCCUACGACUCAGCCUCCGCCGCCGCCAGGUGGGGGCUACUACUAUGCGCCUCCGCCGCCGCAGACGUCGUACAUGUCCGCUUCGAGCUCUCAGCACUUUCAGUCUGCGCCGCCACCACCGCCGCCGCAACAGCAGCACUGGCGGCAGCAGCCGCCUCCGCCGUCUGGUCUGCCAAGCCAGCCGCCGCCGGGGAUGUAUGCGCCUCCGCCGCCGGCAGGCAUGCCGCACAGCAUGAGCAUGGCGCACCUGUACUCUGCGCCUCCGCCACCGCCGCCGCCGGCGGGCCAGCAGGCGUACUAUGCUCCGCCGCCGCCUCCGCAGCAGCCACACACGCCGCAGCCGCAGGGCACGCCGUACUACGAGCCAUACGGCGCCCCGCCGGGCCAGUACGCGCAGCAGCAGCCUCCGCCACCGCCGCCGCCGGGCAGCUACUACUACCACCAGCAGUAG